AUGUUUCCUUGGACUGCUGUUUUCUCCCUUGAACCUAAAGUGCCCGGCCAACGCAGCACUGAGGAACUGGUCACCAAUACUCUGAUGUUGGAGUUGGGGGCCAUGGUGAAGCGCACUGAACGCAUCCGUUUGGAGCGGGCAACAGAGGGUCGGCGCCGCCGGCGCAGUUCUUCCUCCACAGCUGAUUACAGCUGGCUGGCCAGCAACCCAACCCCACAGCCCUACGAGCUGACACCCAACGACCUGCUGGAACUGCAGGACCUCUGUGCCAGGAUCCCUCCUGCACAGUGUGGCCCUUUGAUCGUCAGGUUUAGGAGAUUGGUGUCACAGAUGGAGCCGGAGGUUCACGAGGUUCCCCGUCUGUUUCGCACGGUUCUGCACGACUGCGUGGACGAGGUGAAUUCAAAUGAAGACGUGCAGGAACCCGUCAUUGAGAAGCAGCAGCGCAGCAAGAGCCUCUCUUUUGAUACUUUCCGCAGCAAGUUCCGGACGGGACACUUCUUCAAGGGCAUGAGAGGCUCCAGGGGGAAUCUGCAGCAGGAGGUGGAUUGGUCAGAUGAGGAGGAGGAGGAUGGAGAAGGAGAGGAGGAGGCCAUCAGGGCCAGGGCGAGGAAGGGAAGGAGCAGAAGCAUGCCAGAGAUCAGCCCUAUGGAGCAGAGUGCCCAUGGCUGA